GGCGUCUGAUUACGUCGUUGUGUGUUUGUUGUGUGGGUUUUGAAGGAGCAGCUGCUAAACGGUACCUGGCACCAAGACCCGUCCUCAAACAUGCUCUGAUUUCACAGCCGCCAGAACUGGAGGACUGAGAUGGCAGUGUGUGCACUGACCAUGUUGGAUGGGAUGGAAGAUGAGGUAGCAGCAGCAGGCGGUGUGCUGCUGCUGUUUCUUGCCCUCAUCUUGGCUUGGCUCUCGACUCAUGUGGCGGAACGAGGAGAUCACAUACUGGGCACCAUCCUGACUGUGGGCGCUCACGCCUCUCUGAUCGGACUGGGUGGCCACGACAGCUACAGUGGAGGAUCUUCUAAUUCGGACACUACUGAACAGCAAACUUCUCAGCCUUCGCAGGAGAACAAGCCAGACGACAGUGAACCAGGAGACAGCGAGGGAACAGGGGAGGGAGCUGAGGGGGCUGAUCUUCUGCUGGACAUACAGAGCAAACAACCACAGGCUGGUACAUUACACACUUCUGACGAGGAGGAAGACGAUGAAGACGAGGAUGAUGAUGGAGAGGAGCAAGAUAAAAAGCCUGUUAAGCAUAUCCCAGCUCCGCCCUGCAGUGUUUCCCAUACCGACAACAGCUCCUCUACCAUCACUGUCCGCCUGAAGUUUCUUAAUGACACAGAGGAAGUAGCCGUUCUAAAGCCACAGGAUACAGUUGGGCUUUUGAAGAGUAAAUACUUCUCUGGUCGAGAGCAUCAAAUAAAACUGAUCUACCAAGGCCAGCUGCUGCAGGACCCCAAGAGGACUCUGUUGUCACUUAACAUUACACACAACAGUGUGAUCCACUGCCACAUCUCUCAGACCCUGCACGAGCCCGGUCCAGAGGAAGGGGCUCAGACUGGGGCCAGAGCAGGAGCCGGGAGCGGUGUGUCUGGAGGGUUCAGGGCCGCAGGUGUGGCCAUCAGCACGAGCAGCCUGGUGGUGCCCGUGUUUGUGGUGAUUCUGGCCGUGGUUUGGUACUUCCGCAUCAACUACAGGCAGUUCUUCACUGCCCCCGCGACCAUCUCCCUCGUGGGAGUCACUGUGUUCUUCAGCUUUUUGAUAUUUGGGAUGCACAGCCGCUGAAGAGGCAGAGGGAGCCCAAUGUUGGGAGGUAAAGUAAAAAUAACUGCGGCAGUGGGUGUCGUCUGGAGAGACUGACUAAUCAAAAAGGACCACGGUGCUGAUGCCACAGCUGAUCGGAUUCCUGCGGUGAGUGAGAAUGCGAGUGUGUGUGGGUGUUGAGGUGAACAGAAAACAGAACGAUUACAUGCGUGGAAAUGACAUUUAACUUCGUGUCCCUUAAGGGAUUCACACUAUGUUUCAACUCUUUGGCUUUAUUUGCCCUUUAUUUGUUGCUUGAGAUGUUUAAAUGUUUUCAUGGUUUCUGUGUUAAGUAAAACAUUGCAAAAAAAACCAACUAAUUAAUAGAUGCAAGAAAUCUUAAAUAUUUUGACACCUCUCACUGUUGUGAUGUGCUCCUUUGACCCUUUUACCAUUAUUUUGUGUUAUUUGACUGAUUUGUGAGAAAAACUAGACUGUACAGCCGCCUCAGUGCACAAGUUGACAACUUCAUAUUUUUUUGUUUGCUGAAGGGUUGCUAUGUAGAAAUAGGCUAAUUUAAAUAAUCCCUAGACAUGAAAAACAAAGAUAUUGUAAAUAAAUUGUGUAUUUUCUGUAAAUAAAAUGAUGGAAUGAAUCAGAUGAACCUGCAUCUGGCACUUAAAGAUUUGGAGUUGGACGCUGAUCCCUCCUCAUUAUGCUGGACUGCUCUGGCUUCAGUGAUGUCUCAGAUUAAAACAUUUUAAACCAAA